AUGUCAUGCCAAAUCGAAUAUCUACUCCAAAAGAUCCUUAAUAUCUAUCUACCUAUCUAUUUCAUUAUAUUCAUAUCAUGGCACAUGGAAACUGGUAAUAUUAUCAUUAUAAUUAAAUCUAUCUAUCUAUCUAUCUAUCUAUCUAUCUAUCUAUCCCAGUUAAUAUCUACCUAUCUAUUAAUACCUAUCUAUCUAUCUAUCUAUUUAUCUAUCUAUCUAUCUAUCUAUCUAUCCCAAUUAGUUAAUAUCUAUCUAGCUACAUCAUUAAUUAAUAUCUAUCUAUCUAUCUAUCUAUCUAUCUAUCUCUUUCAUCGUGUUCGUAUCAUGGCACAUGUACCUAGAAAAGAUAAUGUCAUAAUCAAGAUAUUAACACUCCACACCACUUCAAACAAAAGGGAAACGGAUAAUAUUAUCAUUAUAAUUACAUCUAUCUAUCUAUCUAUCUAUCUAUCUAUCUAUCUAUCUAUCUAUCCCAGUUAG